AUGAUCUCCUGGCCAGAGGAAGAUGAGGAAGGGGAACUCCACAGCCUCAGCGUGUCCUUCACAAACCUAAAACUUUCAUCCGAUCUGAACCCCUCGCCGCCCCCUCACCCGGCCCUGCCUCCACGGCAACUGCAACAAGCAAAGUGCCAACAACCCGCGCGCAAUUCCAAGCGCCCCGAGUGUCAGGGCCCGGAGACAGGAAAUCCGGGGAGUUGGCGAUGUCCGGCAGGUGGCGGGGACGCGAGUCCCCACCACAUUCUCCUCCCACAGCUGAGCUCGGCGGGGGUGCGGCGGGAGGCUGCAGACCUGACACCCGCCCCGCAGACGCCCGCGCCUCCCGGAGCUCGGGUCUCUGCGUCCUCUUCCCGCGGCACAGCCCGGCCACCCCGCUCCCCUCUGCAACCGGAGGGAGGCGCCGCCACCCGCGGGGCAAGCGAGGCGAAGCGGGGCCAAGCACCCCCGGCCGGGCCCCAGUCUCUGUCCCCACCCGGCGAGCCCUCCGCCCGCCCCACUGCGCCCCGCUGCGCCCCGUUGGCGGGCUCCGGAGUAAGCGCCCCCAGCCGCCGGGGCAGCCUCUCCGCUCGCAAAGUCCUAGCAAGUCCAACUCUGGGAGGUCUGCGGGCGGGAGGACGGCAGGACGGCCGCGCACAGAGCCGGGGCUCCUUACCCUCAGAGUGUGGGCUCCGAGCGCCCCGCGCACCCCGCUCCCGGAGCCGGGGACAGCUGCGCGGACCCCGCCAAGCCUUGCCUUUACCUGGCACGCCGGCGACUCCGGGGACGAUCGGUCCAGCCGCCUCCGGGGCACAUCCAGCUCACAUCGCUUCCUCCAGCGUCGGGCGCUCCCGGCUCCCUGCGCCCCGCUCGCAGCGCUCCCCCAGCCCCCCACCCCCCGGGCCUCUCCGCCAAAAGUGUCACAGCUCUUCUGCCUUUGGGUCUUUCGUAAAGUCUCUGCGCGGUCGCCAGGAGUUGGGUGGCGAUGCCAGGCGCGCCACCCCUUCUGCUGCCCCGGCCGGCUUGUCGGCGGCCCCCAGCGUCCGGCCUGGCUACGGAGCAGAGCCGCCUGGACUGGUCACCGUCCCCCAAAAGCUCAGCGCGCCGACCGCGUCCCCUCCCUCGCGCCUUCCCUAG